AUGUAUGGAGAUUGCCAAGUACUUUCAUCAAUGGGAGGGAAUACUAUUCCCUCUGAUACCCUCUAUUCUUCGUCGAUCCAGAACCCCAACUUCAAUUUCAUGGCAAACAUUAAUCCUUUCAACAUUUUUUCUCCCAUUGCGGCCAAAGAAGAAAAUGUUUUAGCAAGCAAAGAGGAGAUGGAAAGUGGUUCCGGGAGUGAACACAUGGAAGGUGUGUCUGGAAAUGAGCAAGAAACCGAGGUACAGCCGCAGCCGAAGAAGAAACGUUAUCACCGCCACACCGCUCGUCAGAUCCAGGAAAUGGAAACGCUGUUUAAGGAAUGUCCACACCCGGAUGAUAAACAGCGCAUGAAACUAAGCCAAGAUCUUGGCCUCAAGCCACGCCAGGUGAAGUUCUGGUUCCAAAACCGCCGAACCCAAAUGAAGGCACAACAAGACAGGCAAGAUAAUGUACUACUAAGGACAGAAAAUGAGAACCUUAAGAAUGAGAACUAUCGGUUGCAAGCAGCAUUAAGGAAUAUUGUGUGUCCAAACUGUGGAGGUCCAGCCGUACUGGGAGAGAUGGGGUUUGAUGAACAGCAGCUUCGAAUCGAAAAUGCCCGUCUCAAAGAAGAGCUCGAGCGUGUAUGCUUUCUUGUUCAACAAUACAAUGGAAGGCCAAUCCAGGGAAUCGGACCAACUUCUCUCCUCGCCCCUUCCUUGGACUUGGAUACGAGUGUUUAUCGAAGAAAAUUCGAGGAGCAUUGCUCUGAUAUGAUCUCUUUACCUUUUAUGCCUGAAAAUCCCCAGUUUCCGACAGGGAAUGCCCUGAUCUUGGAAGAGGAAAAGGCUUUAGCUGUUGAAUUGGCAAUGUCAUCUAUGGAUGAACUCGUGAAAAUGUGCCAGACAGGCGAACCACUGUGGAUCCGAGCAACGGAUACUGGGAAGGAAGUACUGAAUGUAGAAGCGUAUGAAAGAAUGUUUUCAUGGUCUAUGAAUCUCAAGCAUCAGGAAUUCAGGGUCGAGGCCACCCGGGGCACUGCCAUGGUCAUUAUGAAUAGCGUUACCCUGGUUGAUGCAUUUUUAGAUGCAAAUAAAUGGAUGGAACUAUUUCCUUCCAUUAUUUCAAGAGCAAAAACACUUCAAGUAGUACAUUCUGGUGUUUCUGGACAUGCCACUGGUUCACUUCAUUUGAUGUAUGCAGAACUACAAGUUCUUUCUCCGUUAGUACCCACAAGAGUGGCUCAUUUCCUACGCUACUGCCAACAAAAUGCUGAAGAGGGAACCUGGGCAAUUGUUGAUUUUCCUCUCGAAAAUUUGCGAACCAGUUAUCCACCUUCUUUUCCUUAUUACAGACGACGUCCCUCAGGAUGCAUUAUACAAGACAUGCCCAACGGUUACUCUAGGGUAACAUGGGUAGAACACGCAGAGGUUGAGGAUAGUCCAUUUCAUCAAAUUUUCAAUUAUUUUGUGAGUAAUGGUAUGGCAUUUGGAGCGCAGCGUUGGUUAGCAGUUUUGCAGCGGCAGUGCCAGAGGUUUGCUAGCCUCAUGGCAAGAAAUAUAUCAGAUCUUGGAGUUAUCCCAUCUCCUCAAGCGAGGAAAAAUCUGAUGAACUUGGCCCAGAGGAUGAUAAGGACAUUCUGUCUUAACAUAAGCACUUCUUGUGGUCAAUCUUGGACCGCUCUUUCUGAUUCUGCUGAGGACACUGUCAGGAUAACCACAAGGAAAGUUACAGAACCCGGCCAACCUAACGGCUUAAUUCUCAGUGCUGUAUCCACUAUUUGGUUACCAUUUCCUCACAACCAUGUAUUCGAUUUCUUGAGGGAUGAACAACGUCGAGCUCAGUUGGAUGUUCUUUCCAAUGGGAAUUCUUUACAUGAGGUUGCUCAUAUUGCAAAUGGUUCUCAUCCUGGAAACUGUGUCUCUCUUCUUCGGAUCAAUGUUGCUAGCAAUUCAUCUCAGAAUGUAGAACUGAUGCUUCAAGAGAGCUGCACAGAUGAUUCUGGCAGUAUCGUAGUAUACACGACCAUUGAUCUCGAUUCAAUCCAGCUAGCAAUGAACGGUGAAGAUCCGUCCUGUAUUCCCCUUCUUCCCUUGGGAUUCAUCAUAUCUCCCACGGGACACACCACUAAUGACUCCAGCAUCACCAGCGAAGCCACAGAAAACGGGAACCUGCAGCCAGAUUCCGGUUGCCUACUCACCGUUGGACUUCAAGUUCUGGCAAGCACUAUCCCAACUGCAAAACUCAAUCUUUCAAGUGUCACUGCCAUUAAUCACCUUAUAUGCAACACAGUUCAACAAAUCAAUGCUGCACUUAGUUCUGGCAAUGGAAAUGGCAACUGCCUGAAUAACAACGGCAACUUUUUCUCGACUUCCGUGGAGCCAGAGAACUCAGAACCGCUGUUUGGUUGGAAUUGUGGAUUUAGGAAGUCAAGAGCGCACCAGUUGUGUUCAUGGCUACCUGGUAAGGCUAAGACUUCUGCAGUUUCUUACCAGAUAGCAAUGGUGGUGGUUCGGGUAUUGACUUCUUUUGCUUGUUAUUGCUCAUCUUUGACUCCUUUUGAAUGA